GCCUCCUCUUCAGGCGGCCAUGUUUUGCUUUGCUUUCGAAAUUAGUGAGUGCGCUCGCCGUGGAUGCUGGUGCUGCAGCCAGUGCAGCUGCAGGGAACGUCCGACUUUUUCGGACUGUGCACCCCAAUAGCGGUCACGGACGUGUGAACGCGACGGGCAGCUUAUCUCACUCUGGAAACGUCAUUUAGACGUCAGCUCACAGAUCUCGAAAGCGGUAGUGCCGUUUGAAAGGCGCAGGGAUGCACACCCCUGAGGCGACGACUAUGUGCAGUACCCAGCCACCCCUAAUCUCAGCAGCCAUCAACAACAAACACGAGCAAGACAACUUAACUAACAGCAUGCUGUGUCUGAAAGAGGAGCUGAGCAGCCUAGGUGUGCAGAAGAAGCCCUCGUCAGACGAAAAUGCGCGAGCUCUCAGUCCGAUUCCUGUGAAGAUGGUCGAGUGCAGCGACGACUCGAGUCCAAGCGUCGAGUUCCCAAACCCGGCGACCACGAGCUUCCUGUCUGGCAUCUUCGGCUGCCUGCGACCCGUGCUCAGCAUUCUCGGGAAGGCGACAGCCGCGGAGCUCAAGGGACAAGAUGACUGGGAAAUACCGUUUGAGAGCAUCAGCGACUUGCAGUGGCUUGGCUCAGGUGCUCAGGGCGCCGUGUUCCGAGGAACUUUAAAGGGUGAGCACGUCGCCGUGAAGAAAGUGAGGGAGCAAAAAGAGACUGACAUUAAAAACCUACGGAAAUUGAACCAUGAAAACGUGGUGCAAUUCAAGGGAGUGUGUACGCAGGCUCCAUGCUUCUGCAUCGUGAUGGAGUACUGUCCAUUUGGUCCUCUGUAUAAUUUACUCAAGGAGGGAGAGAGGGUUCCUCCAGGCCGGCUCAUCAGCUGGUCCAAACAGAUCGCGGAGGGAAUGAGCUAUUUGCAUUCACACAAAAUCAUCCACAGAGACCUAAAGAGUCCCAACGUUUUGAUUGGGAAAAAUGAAGUUGUCAAAAUCAGCGACUUUGGAACUUGCCGUCAGCUGAACGAAAACAGCACCAAAAUGAGUUUCGCAGGCACAGUGGCUUGGAUGGCUCCUGAAGUUAUCAGGAAUGAGCCUUGCAGUGAAAAAGUUGACAUUUGGUCUUACGGAGUGCUGCUGUGGGAGCUGUUGACCUGCGAGGUGCCAUACAAGGACGUGGACUCGUCGGCCAUCAUCUGGGGCGUGGGCUCCAACUCACUGCAGCUACCGAUUCCCGAAACCUGCCCAGUCGGCUUUCGUUUGCUCAUCAAGCAAUGUUGGUGCAGCAAACCGAGGCACCGACCCUCGUUCAAGCACAUUCUGAUGCACUUGGAAAUCGCCGCUAAUGACCUGCGAGACACGACGCCCGACUCGUAUUACAAAACGCAAGAAACGUGGCGCGAGGAGGUGCGCCAGCAAAUGAGCAAGAUGCAGACUGAGGGUUCGCACAUCCCUAAGAUGGAGCAGGAGUUGAUCGAGAAACGCAAGCAGGAGCUCAAACACGCCGAAGACAUUCGCAAGCACUAUGAACGACAGCUUGAAAGGACCAACAACCUGUUCCUUGAUGUAAACACCAUGAUGCUCAAGAUUGAACAGCGCGAACGGGAGCUCAAGAGGAGGGAAAAGCAGUGUGUGUGCUUCAAGUCUCACAAGAAACGGUGUAACCGGCUAUCCCACAAAUCGUCAGAGCAGUUGAGGACAGCGCGCCGCAACCUGAACAACAGCCAAACGCCAUCAUCAGAGAUUCCGACUACAAGUCCAGAGUCAGAACGAGAGAUUAUUUAUGCGAGUCCUCCAAAAUCUGUGUUGUACACAGAACUUGACGUCAAUUCUUUGACACCCCAGUCAAUAGCCAGGGAGGGGUCGACAAGAGCCAGAAGGGCAAGGCAUCACAGGCGAACCAACAGCCAGGGCUCGAUCAAUAGCGUCGCAAUGACCAACAGCCCUGGAAAAGACAGAAAGACGUCCGCUCGAGUGGACAGUGAGACGCAAACAGAGCAGGCGCCGAUGGAGCUGAGUGAAGCUGAGAGCAUAGUAACAAACAGUCCAUACCUGAACUCGCCUGCCCUACGCGGCUGCACCCUUGAGGCCCUGAAUGGCAACCUGGUGGUGGUCAACAGCGACUCUGAUUGUCCAGUGGAGGACGCGAACCGCAACCUGACACCUGCGGACGACGAGCACCUCGACACGCUGGACAGGAAGCUGACCGAGCUGAAAGACAAGCGGCGGCUGGACAACCUGAUGGAGUCGAGCCGCGAGGACUUCACGGACGACGAGUGCUAUGUCGGACGCUUUGGCCGCUCCACCUUGAGCAGGCGGCCGAUCCCGCCAUGCCGCACGAGACGGGUCAUGCUCAGGGUGCUCCCCGGCAACGUGUCUGAGGACAACGAGGAAAACACCUCCGAGUACGAGCCGGCCAGCGCCCGCUCCACCCUCGAGAGCAACCCUGAAAUUCUGAAGGAGAUGGCAGACAUGCAAAUUUACGAGGCGACAAAAUACGAGAUUGAAGGCUCCUCAGAAUCAGACUCUGACGAGGGCAGUCGCACGUCGGUAGCUACGCAACAGCAUCUAUCUUCGCCUAGAUUUCAACCUAGGUUUCAGUAGUGUUUGAUAUUCAUGCGUUGAUGUUUGUUAGUAUUUACUCACAACAGACACACCUCAGAAAUUAUACUGUGUAACGCGUUUUUUUUUAUUUAUUAUUGUAAUCUGUUGAUUCUACUGGUAGCUGAUUUUAAGCGAACACAAUUUUACGCUCUCUCUGUAUAGUGAUAGUAACCAGGAUAGCUGUAUGUACUUAAACCUGAUCAAACGGAACAUUCCAUCUGUUGAUAAAAUUAAAAUAUAAUAUUUUAUGCAUUCCUUUCUGAAAGAAAGAUCUCAGCCUAAAGAGUAAAGGUGCAGCUGUAGCAAUAUUAUGCAGCAGCUUAAUGUGUAUACACAAUGAUGUUAUUCAGUGUAGUCGUCCAUUUGUAUUAUUUAACAAGAAAACUAGCUAUGUAUUCUUAAAUUAUAAAUAAAGUGCAAUAAAAUUAAAAUAUGUAGCUAAGAAAA